AUGGAAGAUGUGGGAGAGGAUUUUGAAACCAAUAAUCAACAAUCAAAUGAUGGUACUUCAGAUGUAGUUGGCGAUGAUCAACUGGCUGUAAUCGGUGAUAAACUGGCUGUACUUGGCGAUCAACUGGCAACUUUUGGCAAUAUUGGCACCAAUUUUGGCUUUGGUGGUGAAGAAUAUUACAAUCCAAAUGAAGAGACACAAUUUGGCCAAAUAGUUGUUCCUGAGCAUGCUAUCCGAAUCAACGAUAAUGAGAGACAAAAGCCUAUUAUCAUCAGUGGAUCAGGAUGGUCGACAUUGAAGGUUCCUCCACCUAUAUUCAAAGUUGACAAAGAAGCUUACGUCCCCAAGAUUGUCUCCAUUGGUCCAUUUCAUCAUAAUGAACCAAGUCUAAGAGCCAUGCAAACUGAAAAACGGCGAUUUCUCGAUCGCCUGGUUCAAAACCAAACAGGGCAACUUAUCCAUGAAGAAAGUCUCAACAAUGCCAUGAGAGAAUUGGAAGAAAAGACCAGAAAAUUCUAUGCAAAUGACUUUCAGACUAUAGAACUAGAUGAAUUUGUGCAGACGAUGCUUCUCGACUGUAGCUUCAUUGUAGAACUCUUGCGUUUCUAUGAGAAAAAUCGUGAAGGGGAACCCCUUUUCAAAACACGUUGGAUGCAGACAAAUAAGAUUUUUGAACUUACUCCGAGCUUGACGGGGGAGGCAACUCUGAAUACGCUUACUCUCAGGUUUUUUGAACCCUUGAGACCUGGGAAGGAGAAAUUUGAAGAAGGGACGUUGAACAAGCAUGCCAAUAGGGAUAAAACAUACCCGCAGCAGCCUACAAAGAGUGAAAAGGAAAAAACACUUCUUAGGCUUCCUAGGAAAGGUUGGGUGCAUAAUGCCAAAACACUUAGUUAUGCUGGUAUUAAGUUCCAAGCAAAAUCUAGUUGCAUUCUCGACAUACAGUUUAUAGGCAAGACGUUAAAUAUUUCAAAUAUGGUCAUCGAUGAUAGCACUAGCCCUGUGUUGAGGAACUUGACAGCCUAUGAACAAAACAACUGUGAUCAUAGUGGAUACGGUCGAGGAUGUCAAGAUUUUUGUAAUGCUGGGAUUAUCAAACAUGCAAUGGGUAGAGACGAGAAGGUGGCGAAUGUUUUCAACAGACUCACUAAAGAGCUGGUGUUUGAUAUUAAUGAAGAGUAUUGCUACAUGACCAAGGAAAUCAAAAACAUCAACCGUCAUUGCCGAAUGCACGACAUUAGAGUUUGA